AUGCCACGCGGGCCCCGCAGCAAGCCGGUGCUUGGAUUCCUGGUGCGCCUGACUUUCGUCAUGCAGACGCAGGGAGGGGCUCCGGUGGAGGUCCGGGUCGGGGCGGUGCCGCUGGCCCCAAAUGCUAACUUACUGGGCGAGCCUACGAACUCUGGUAUCCUUAGCCUGGGGCGGCCACGGCAACAGCCUUUGAACACAGUUAACAAUGUGCAGUCAUCACGUAAGGAGGCUGCCGAAGCUGCCCAGGCUCAUGCUCCUGGGAGCAGCGCACGGAAGGGGGACGAGGGCGUGCUGGUCGCUGGUGCCAGCCAGCAGCAAAUCGACAGCGCCACUGCCCUCGAGCCGGUGUCUUUAGAUAAACCUGCGCCCCCUGAACCUGUCGCGAAGGCGGAACUUUCCACUCAGAAUGAAGAUGCGCGGACGGCCCCUGAACCUGAACCUGCGCCUGUGACGGGCAAUUCGGAGGUAAAUGGCUUGGAUUUGGCAGCAUCUCUGGAAUCAGGACGUACAAUCGCGGAAGCCACGUCCUUGAUGGGAUCCGCGGCCAUUAUUAGCAGCAGUAGUGGCAGCGCAUGCGGCAGCAGCAACUACAGUGACACGAGGCCUAGCUCUGUGGCUCUUCAUGCGCCUGCAGCGGCGCAUAGUUUGGGUGAGGUGCCUGCAGGAGGUCCGACCCAAUGCAAAAUGCACGAGAAGAAUGUGACCAUGGAUGACCCUGAGGCAGUGACGGCUCCUGUAAUUCCGACCGCGGAAUCUCAUGGCGCCCCGCAGCGUGAUGCGGUCCCAUCGGGCACAGGUGUGGUUCAGGCCCCUGCCGAAAAGCAGGCCGUGCCUGCGGGAGGAAUUGCAUGGAGACAGGGCCCCGCAACAGCGCUUUUUGCAGCGGCAGGAUCCGCGGCAGGCGGCCGCACACCUAGCGCCGCCCAUGGCCCUAACCAGAAUACCAUUGCUCCACCCACCCACGCAACUGCGGCGCCAAAGGCAUCUGCUGGCGCAACCUCAACAACUGCAGCAGCCGCAGCAUCAUCGGGCAUGCACCCUGCACCGGCAGCUGCUAGCGAAUUAGCCAAUUCGGGAUCACGCCAGAACCAUGUUCCACAUUCACCCACAUCGGCUGCAUCCGAGCCCUCCUCGCAGACCCGGAACAGGACAACGCACCUCCAAGCUGGCAAUGCACCGCGCACGCGGUGCCCACCCCCUGGGUUUGGCGUUUCGGCCGUGGCUUUGGGCCCUUCGGGUAGCACAGACUCCCAGCCGUCGGGGCAGGCGGUCACAUCGGCAGAAGUGGAUAACGUGCAGGUAGCGCGAGCACAAUCGCAGCAGUCACAGCAGCAGCAACAGGCGCCGACCCAAUUGCAGCGACAGAUGUCGCCACGGGCCGGCGCGGGAAGCGCGGAUGCCUCGGCGCCGGAUGGAUCGCGUGCCCAGAGGCAGCAGCAUUCGCCAGAGAGGUCGGCGACGGCGGCGGUGGCUUCAGCCCCCAGCGUGCCCGCAGUGCCAAGCUCUGCGAACGGCUCGGACGUGCCCAAGGCGAGCCGGAAGUGGGCUUCAGUAGCGGCGGCGCCGGCCAGCAGUGGCGGUGUGCAGACCAAGGCACUUCCCCAUCGUCCGAACUCCGAGGGCGGCAGCUCAGACACCUCCGCGGCGGCUGCCGCUGCUACCUUGGUCGGCUUGCGGCACUCCCACCAGCCGUCCGCUCGCCAGCCGCCCAGCGUAACCCCGGGUGUGUCCACGGCCUCUGCUGCAGCUGCAUUAGCCAGCGAGGUCAAAAGCAAAACUGCUGGACGCAGUGACAGUGUGGAGGCGCCUGGCGUACUGGCCGAGGGGGCCCCUGCGGCACCAGUUCCCGUGGCGGGUUCCGAGACAGCUGCUGCGAAAUGGCAUGCUGCCCCAGUCGCGGCCGUGUUGAGAGCCGCACCGCAGGCAGCGCAGAAGGGCCACGGGCAGCAGGACUUAACGGCCCCGCAACCGGGAGCAUCCACUCCAGCAUCUGCGCCGGCACCUUGCCUUAAAGUGGAGCACGCGGCCGUGAAGACUUCGGCACGUGCUGUGGCAGCAGCCGCUGCGGUGGCCGAAUCUGCUUUGGGCCACCCAUCGGGAGACGUGGCUACCGCGGCUGCCGUGGCGGCCGUCGCCGCAGCAUUGGCGUCGUCCCCACGGGAGUCGGCCAGAAGCCAGAUUCCUGUUGCUAGUGACGUGAUUUCCGCAGCAAACCAGAGCGAUGUCACAUCCAUUUCGAGUUCCACGGAGGAGGCGCCGGCCACACGGACUCGGGCAGGUAUAGCGCUUUCACACACCAAGGACUCUGCGGAUGGUCAGCGCGCGCCUACCGGAUCGGCGGCCGGCACCAGGCAUGCUAUCAAUGCGCAUGCUGGUAAUGCCACGCCGGGCCCCGCAGGUGCAGCGGCAGGGCCUGGGCUGUCGGCUGCUACGGCCUCCAAGCCUGUCGCGUUGCCGACCGAUGCCAGCGUCAGGAAGGCGCAGCAGGCGGUGUCGGUGGUGGCUGCAGCUCCAACCAGUGCUCCUGCAGCUUCCGAAACAGAGGGCAGCCCAGCAGCAGGGGAAGUAUGCGCGCCUGAACAGCUGCUCCCACCAGCCGCAACGGUGACACCGGCGGCGCCGGCGCCAGUCCCGGUUGCUGCUACUGCUAAGCUGCCGACCCCGGCGGCGGUGGAGGCAACAGCCUCCCCUGCUGCGGAGCCGUUAGCGUCCGAGCCAGCAGCUGCGGCUCCGGGGCCGCGUAGCUGGGCCGCCCUGGCGGCUUCAGGUCCCUCCGGCAGCGCAGCCCCGCAGACAGGUCGUGGCCGCGCGCCGCGAGGCCCUGCGGCCCUGGGCCGCGGCACGCCAGGGCGCGGCUCUAGGCAAUUACCUGCUUCGCAAAGGAUUGCGGCCCAGCCGCCUGAGGUCAUGUUCCACCACUGCACUACGGCGACAUCGCCACAGGUAGCCGGCGCGCGCGGUGGUGUCCUCACACCCACGAGUGUCGCAGAAGACGGAUACCCCCCAGCGGCUUCACGUCCUGGGAUGUCGUCGGCGCCGUCGGGGCCGACCUCCAGCGCAGGGAAGCCUGCGCCGCCAUCAUUGUCCGUCGGCGCUGAGGCUGUGCUGUCUCCGACUCAGGGGACGCUCCCUGUCCCGUCCCCGGCAUCAGCUGCACCCGGCGCCAACUUUACAGAUGCUACCUGUACAGGACAUGCAGCCGCAUCGUCCGCCGGUGCGCAAGCCGCUCCAAGCGAUGGUUUGCCUCAACAGUCCGCUCCAGCUCCAGUUCCUGCUGCGGCCCCUGCUCCAGUUCACGCCUCGGCGGGAUCAGCUGCCACUGGAGAUGUCCUUGACUCUUCGGGCCCUGGGGCUGUAUCCCCGGCUGCAUUGGCCAACGAUGCAACGAUAAUAGCAGCAGCAGUAGCAGCACCGUUAACCGCAGCAGCGCAGCAGCAGCCACCUGCGCCGGAAAGCCACGCUGGGGCUGUUGAGCCAGGAGCCGAAGGCGAAGGGGAAGGCGAUGCCAGUCGGCAAGGCGAAGGCGGUAGCAUCUUAUGGACCCAAGUAAUUAAACGCAAGAACCCCAGCAAGGGUCCCCGAGACAUGGACACGGGAUACACCCAUUCCCGCGCGACUGUGGCAGCGGUUGGUAGCCGCGGCCGAGGCAAACAUGGCGAUGCAGCUGCUGCGGCGCCGCCGCCGCGCCAACGUGACGAACAUCUGCCGCCGCACCGUUCGUUGCUCUCGCCAUCAGCAGCACCGGUAACCGCAGGAGCGCAGCAGCACGGGCCUCAGCUUUCAGGGAAGCCCUGCGCCAUAGCAACGGGAUUGCCGACGGCCGUGGCGGCUGCAGUGACUACUGUUACCAUCCCCAGCCCGAGUGUUCCGCCUCUUGGCCCGACAGCUGGUGACGUCAAGGUUUCGGGCGCAGCUACGGAAAUUGAAGCCGGGCCCGACGGUGCUGUUCCACUCCUGGCGUCGGAAUCCCCCCAGCGAGCAGUGUGCGAGGGGGCUUCCGCGGCAACUACCGCCGUGGAGGCGCCUUCCAGUGUGUCCAAGGUGGCUGCUGCGGCAGUCCCAGCUGCGGAGAUGGGCGGGAAAGCCGCGCCUGCAAGCGUAGGAGCGGAGCCGGUGGUGGCCGCAGCCGCAGCACCGGAAGUUGAAGCGGUUGUGGAGACCUCCGUGCCGGAUGUGGCUGAAGCGGGCGUAGAGGACACGGCAAUACAUGGGAAGCCCGCGGCGCCACCAGCUCCGGCUGACGACGGCGUGGGGGCACCCAUUGGCGUGGUAGUCGUGAGCAGCGCUGUCGCUGCACUUGCACAAGCGGACACGCCCGAUAUGAAGAUUACAACUCCAGAGGCGCCUUUCCAGGCACGGGACUCGGGGGCCAGCACGAAGGACAAGGACGGCUUGUCGGCGGCCUCGCAGGCGGUCGGUCCUGAGGGAAGAGAGGAGAAGGUCGAGGAGGGGGAGGACGAUGGCGCCGCUGCCAUUCCGGCGGGUAGAAACCCUUGGGACUUGCUCGGCACUGCAGGAGAGGACGGGGAAAUGACGGAAAUUGCUGUGGCCGCGGCGGGGAUGUCUGCCUCCGCCGCGGCGAGCGGUGCGUCUGCUUUGAUUAUUUCCGCGGCGAGCACCUCAGAGGCGGAAGCCAUGGAAGCGCUGCGGCAGCUGCUGACGCCUGCGACAGCCGAACAAUUGCUGGCGGGGAGUCGGCAGCAGCAGCAGGCUGGCAAGUUCCGGAUUCUGCCGCGGGGACUGAAGAACACGGGGAAUACGUGUUUUAUCAACGCUACGAUGCAGGCCCUGCUGGCUUGCGCCCCCUUCGCUUCUGUCCUGUCCCGCUUGCCGGCCGUAGCACCCGUCCUAGAGCCGAGCAAGUCGCCCACUCUGCACGGCCUGGCGUUGCUCCUAGCGGAGCUGGUCGCGCCGCAGCCAGGUGUUACCACCCCAUCGAGCGCCGGCGCUGCCGGCAGCGGGCGCGAUGAGGCUCAACUAGCCGCCGAGGAUGACGGCUGGGCAGAGGUGCAGGUUAGCCGCGGUAAGAAAGCCGCUCAGCGUAGGAACAACGCCGCAAAGCCGGUGCUGCAACCCACCGCACCCACAGCGCCCGCCCCCUCCUCCGGGCCCUCCGCGUCUGGCAAGGAGGUGGUCUUGGGCGGCCAACCGCUGGUACCCUCUAUGCUCAGUGGGAUCGCAGCUGCCUUCAACCCGCGUAUCUCUAUCGCUGAAAAGCAGACGAUGGCAAAGGUGCUGUCCAAGUCCGUCGUGGAGCAAGAGCAGCAGGAUGCGCAGGAAUUCUUCCAGUUCCUCGUGAACCGGGUGCACGAGGAGGUGUUGGGGCUUCGUAAGGCGCAUGGACUGGCAGCUGCGCCGGCGGCGGCCUCUGCCUCCGCGGCAGGAGGGAGCGACGAUGGAGAGGAAUGGUCGCAGGUUGGGCGCAAGAACAAAGCGACGGUCACUCGGCAGGUGGGCACCCCCGCCGAUGACGCCUCCUCCCGAUCCCCAGUAACCGCCAUUUUCUCCGGCCUGGUCAAGAGCACGAUACGCUUCCAGCAGCCCCACGCCAACUACAAACCCAGUGCCACCAUCGAAGUCUUCAACAUGUUGCACUUGGACAUCGCUGCGGAGGGAGUCAACACACUGGAGGAUGCGCUGAGGCACCACUCGGUACCGGAGAACAUCGAGUACAAGCCCGAGGGCGCCAGCGAGAUGCUUCCCGCCAAGAAGGACGUGCGGCUAUACCGGCUGCCGGAGGUGCUGGUGCUGCACCUCAAGCGAUUCACCUACACGGCGGCGGGUGGCGGCCACUACACCAAGCUGCAGAAGUCAGUGGCGUUCAACUGCUUGCUGCGACUGGAGGGCAAGGUUUUAGCUGAGGACUGCCCUGACCGCGCCAAUGCGGAAUACCGCCUCUUCGCCACCAUCAACCACCAUGGCCGGUCCAUUGCAGGUGGCCACUACAUUGCGGACGUGCAGCAGCCCGAUGGCUGCUGGCUACGCUUCAACGACGAGCACGUGCUGCUGGUGUCCGAGGGGGAUGUGCUGCGGGAGAGGCCCUACCUCCUGUUCUACCAACGAGUACCACAGAGAGCCCACAGGCAAUCGGACGCGUGA